AUGGCAAAAUGGAAGCACACUCAUCUGUUCUUUCUUCUUCCUAUUUUAUUUCUUUUUACAUUUAUUUACCAUCUUGAAUCUUGGAACUCCAGCUCUACAUGGUCUUUUCUGAAAGGUACAUUUUUUGGAUAUAGGAAAACAUCCUCCUCAAGCAUUACUAUUGUAACAGCGUAUUGGAAUUUAGGAACAUUCCAAAAAGGAUUUAGUAAAACAUUCACCAAAAAUACAUAUCUUACUUGGGCAAAAACAUUCCAGUAUUUGACGAAUCCUUUAGUUGUUUACACAGACUGUGCAGAGUUCCGAGAUUUGAUGAAGAAGCUAAGAUCCGAAGGAAAAUUGAAUUACGAAACAGAAAUUUUUUUUGUCAAAAGAAAGACCUUAUGGCCUUUUCAGCUGGUGGAUAGAAUAAAAAAAGUAUUCACUCAACCGGGAUAUCCCAUACACUACCCAAAUACAGUUAAUCCCUUUUAUGCCGCAUCUCAACAUGCGAAAUAUGCAGUUAUGUCUGAUGCAGUGCAAAGGAAUUUGUUUAAUACACCGUGUUAUGCUUGGUUGGAUAUAGGAUAUUUUCGAGAUUUAGUAGGAAAUAAUGAAUCAUUCGAACUGAAAAUUCCACCAAAUUUCGACCAAAGCCGCGUAGCAGUUAACCUUGUUUUUAAUCAAAGUAUGGGAAUGGAUCCAUUUCGAAUAUUUCGGGGAAACAUAGUUUGGGUUGGCGGGGGGAUAAUCAUUGGAACAAGAAAAGUUGUCAUUGAAUUCGAAAAAUUGUAUCAUAAAGCUGUGUUGUAUUUUUUGGAGAAAAAUUUGAUGAAUACUGAUCAGCAGGUACUGUUUUCAAUGUAUACAAAUCAUGGACGAAGAACACUCAAACCAAAAAUCGAGCUUCAGUUAUAUAUUCCGAGAGGACAUGGAAAUAUUUGGUUUUAUCUGGGAUAUUUGUGUCGAGCAGUAGUGAAUCAAACAGAAAUAACAUAAUCCAUGUAAUCAGUGAUGUGAACAAAAGCUGAAAAUCUCUACAGUGAUGCCGCAGAAGUAAACAUCACAAUUACAAACUGUAUUAUUUAAUAAUAUUCUAGUGAAUUACCUACAAUUCGUGUUUCUUAGAAAAUAGAACUAAAGUUAAGAAUUCAUACAGUCCUGUUCAAAAAGAAAUAUAUUUUAUAUAUCUGAAAUACAAUUAAAAUUAUACUGUGCAUCA